GCGUACGCGGGCGCCGGUGGGUACUGGUCCCCGUCGCCGCGGUCUUGGCCUCGGCGGCCCUGGUGGCGUGCCCGCGUUCCACCCCUGCUGCUGGUGAGGUGCAGGCGCGAGUCGGUGACCGCACGCUGCGGCUCAAGUUCGCGGCAUCGGGUGCCGAGAUGGAACGAGGGCUCGGCGGCGUCCAGAAGCUGGCAGCAGACGAGGGCAUGCUGUUCGCCUUCCCGGACAGCGACUUCCGCGCCUUCUGGAUGAAGGACGCCCUCCUGGACCUCGACAUCGCGUUCCUCGACGACGCGGGGCGUGCCGUGGACGUGCGGACGAUGCGUGCCCUGCCCCCGCGCGGGCCCCUGGAGCCCGAGGAGCUGUACAGCGAGCGCCUGGAGGCCUCCGUGGUCCGCAGCGGGGCCCCCGCGCGCUUCGCCGUGGAGGUCGCCGCCGGCACCUUUGCCGCGCUGGGGCUCGGGCGCGGGGCGCAGGUGACGCUGCCGCCUGCGCUGCUGCGGCCGUCGCCAGCGGGUGCCGCCGGGCACGUCCUCGGUCGGAGGUAG